UUCGUUUGAGAGCCGCAUACAGAAGAAUGAAAGGGCCACAAUUUGUUGUUUUAAAACGCGCGAAAUUCAGUGGAGAAAGCAAUUACUGAAUAUGUUGUUGGUAUUCUCGAGUUUAUUUCAUCAGCUUUCUGUUAAAGGUGUGAAGGCAAAAAGUUGAUGUUUCCAAAUUUUUGGAGUGGCCAGCAGACCUUAUUUCUCACAGAAUGGAUCCAACUCUGCCCUUAUCAGCAGCCGAAUCACAUUUGCACAUUCAGGACCAAAAAAAAUAAAAACAAAAACAAAAUACUCUCAUAAGGUGACCAUUUUCAGUUACUUGAGAAUGUGAUGUCACGAUAAAUCAGCCAGAGAGCACAAAGUGGAUGAAACGAUGUUUGCCAUUAAAAUAGAUUUAUCUUUAGUCACUACAGUGUUUUGAUUCAUGGUGUUUUUAUUUGUGUCUUCGGGUGGAGAGAAAGACGUUCUACAGUACAAUCUCCCUCUUCAGUCUGCCCACCUUCACCUUUUUUUAAUUAGCCUUGCUGGCCAAGUCAAAUUAUUAUUAUUUUUUUGUCAAGUCAGUCCACUGAAAAAUGGAUGGUGGGCCGCAAAUGGCCCUCAGGCUGUAUUUUGGACACCAGUGGUCUAAGAGUAUUGUAGAUUAUAAUUAUGAUUGAAAAGAUUGCAUUGUCUCAAAAUUCUCCCAUAUGAAUACCAACAAAAAAAAAAGAAUAUCAUCCUCAAGUGCAACAUACAGUAUCUGCCAAUUUUGUGUUGUGUGUCUUGCCAGCUCGACUGGCGCACAGAUACACACCCUUUUUCCGACGAUGACUCCAAUCUUUUGAGCUUAGGGUGAAUGAUGGAAAAUGACAGCGGGGGUUAUAGUCGCACAAAGAAGGGAACAAAAUAAUGUCGAUGCGUCGGAAGUAAAAGCAGCCUUUUGCAGAUAGUCCGAAUCUGUGAGAUUUCCUCAUUUUAAGAAUGAUUUUCUCAUGUGUCAGUCAAACUCAAACCGACAAGCAAAUGAGCUCCUCAUUUUGGUGAUUUCCUCACUCGAUGUAGGGCUGUCAACGUGUCAAUUACGCUUCCACUUGGAUUGCCGUAAUUACACGCUCUGUUAGUCAUGUUUCCAUCAUUUAACAUUCCAUAUUAAACCAUCCGUCGGAAGAAUACGACAGUCGGUCCGGACUUCCGCUUGCAAGCAUUAACUCGGCUGUGUCUGGGCAGAAGCUAUCGAGCAAAGACUCCCCGAGUAGCUCAGCGGGGAAACGAUCAUGUUUAUACACGGUGUGCGUCUCUGUUGGACGUGAACCGAAUGACGUGCGGGUGCGCUCGUCAAUCUGAAUUGUAAAUCAGGCCUCUUGUGGUUCCUAUCGAAGUAAGUUGACACAGAUCGAGACAAGAGGUGCAAGUGUUAUCUGGGUAACAGAUGAAAAGAUGAAAAUAUGAACUGUGUGUCAUGCAGAAGAAGUUGUAGAUGGGUGUGUUCACAUCGCUGUAGUGAAUGGUCGGAUGAAGAUGUCAAGUGUCCAGCAGCUGGUCAGUCCGCAGAGGAAGCGCACGUAGGGGAAAAUCUCAUUCCCUUUGUUGUCAUGGCAACCGGAAACAAACAGCCCAUCCUGUUUCAAAUGGCAGUGCUUGCCGGUUAAUGGAUGAGAGUGCUGCAUAUGCGCUCAAUUUUGACCAUUUCCAGAUCCUCAGAGCCAUAGGAAAAGGAAGCUUUGGAAAGGUUUGCAUCGUGCAGAAGAAGGACACGAAGAAAAUGUACGCCAUGAAGUACAUGAACAAGUUGAAAUGCGUGGAGCGGAACGAAGUGAGGAAUGUCCUGAAAGAGCUUCAGAUCAUGCAGAACCUGGAGCAUCCUUUCCUCGUCAACAUCUGGUAUUCCUUCCAGGAUGAAGAGGACAUGUUUAUGGUGGUGGAUUUGCUCCUCGGAGGAGACCUGCGCUAUCAUCUGCAGCAGAACGUCCAUUUUUCCGAGAGCACCGUCAAGCUGUACAUCUGCGAAUUGGCUUUGGCCCUGGGGUACCUGCGCUCCAAGCACAUUAUACACAGAGACAUCAAGCCUGACAACAUACUCCUGGAUGAACACGGUCACGUCCAUCUAACUGACUUCAACAUUGCAGCCAUUGUGAAAGAUGACCUCAAGGCAACAUCCAUUGCAGGGACCAAACCAUACAUGGCCCCGGAGCUAUUUCAGAUCUUUGAAGGCUCCCAUCCCGGUUACUCCUUCUCGGUGGAUUGGUGGUCAUUGGGCAUCACGGCGUACGAGUUGCUCAGAGGGCAGAGGCCGUACGUGAUGAGGUCCAGCACCCCGACCAAUGAAAUCCUUCACACCUUCCACAAGGUCCACCUCAGCUUCCCAUCAGCGUGGUCCUCAGAGAUGAAGUCACUUCUCAGAAAGUUGCUGUGCAUAGACGUCCACAAGCGCAUUUCCUGUUUGGCAGAGCUGCAGGAUCUGGACUACAUGUCAAACGUCAGCUGGGACACCGUGCUCAGCAAACAGAUCCCUCCGGGCUUUAUUCCCAAUAAACGGCGACUAAACUGUGAUCCGACAUUUGAGCUGGAGGAGAUGAUCCUGGAGUCCAAACCUCUUCACAAAAAGAAAAAAAGGCUGGCGAGAAAGACCAGGGACCACGGCUCUGAUGGGUCACCUCAGAACGGUCAGUUGCAGCAACGGUUGGAUAACGUCCAGAGAGACUUUAUCAUCUUCAACAGAGAAAAGUCCAAGAAAGCAGCAGUGGAUUCGGACUCAACUGAACUGUCCAAAAGUGACAAAAACAAAGCAAUCGAGGACGGUCAGAACAACAAUGUGGAACCUGUCUCGUUUUUAUCAGGAUAAGGCAACAGGACUGGAGUUCUCCCCCCAUGCAGCCACCUUAUCCCUCUUAUCUCUCACCGUCGCUAGUAGAUCGGCAUCAACUUGAUAGCGUCCCCGCAAGCGCAAGCACGCUGAUGUAAGCGGGCCGCUACGUUGCCUCAACUAACAUUGCAAAGACUUGACGAGUACCGGGUGAGAAAAUUGACUCUUUACGGAGAUUGCGGCAGGAUUGGUUUUGUUUUUUUUUUCUUUUCCUGACCUUGAAGAUCUUUGAGUGUAUGUAAGGUAAGCGACAUGACUAGUCAAAUGUGUAAAUGUUCAGUUUUUGCGCUUACACACACGCCAUUUUUAAAUUUGAUCGCAAGAAUAGGAUUCUUUUUUUUUAAUAUGCAACCUUGUUAAAUGUAGCGCAGGUUGUUCUUACCGGUCAUUUUAAAACACUUUGGCUUUUCAACCGCAGUUGUGUUAAGGCACAUGCACUCACUGUGUAAAUAAUGAGGCACCGCAGCAGCUUGACAAGGAAAAAAGAGGCAUGACAAAGCACAAG